CAAACAUUUUGACAAAUAAUUUUUGUGGUUAUGUUUAUAUCACAAAACUGAUAUGAAUCAAACAUUUCUUAUCAAAUUUCUUGUAAAUGUAAUUGACAUACUAUUCUAGCUAAGAUAGAUGUUUCGUUUGAGCAAAUUAUAAAUGCCUAAUAAAAAAAUGAUAAUUGCGAUGCUUUUCAGGAUUCCUUUAUGACGUUGCUACACAGGUCUAGUGACAACAGAAAAUGGAAAAUAUUUUUGAAGAAUUAGGAAUACCAAAGAAGUACCUGAAAAGAACAGUUAAAGAUGAUAGAUAUGCAGCAUUAGUCCAUAAAUCUUGGUUGAAGUCUUUAGUGAAGCACUCAAAGCUGUCAGACUUUAUUGAGAAGUCACUCUUAGAAGUAUGGCCUACAACAGAGGAAGAAGUAGGAUCUUCAUGGUUGAAAAUUUUCAUAUCUGUUUUCAAAAAGAAAGAUUGCAAAGUGCUGCCUCUACCAAAAAUAUGUCAACCAUCACAAGGACAAUCCUCAUUGCUGUUUUCUCAAUUGAUGCAAUACAUUUCUCAGACAAACUAUAAAAAUUUAUGGAAGGAGGCUUAUAAGAAAUAUUGUUCUAAUUCAGAAUCUAAUAAGAACACUCACGUAAAUCUAACAGAUUAUAAUGAUGUACUGAGGGAAAUUAUCAAGAGACUAUAUGGGUGUCAAAUAAUAAAUACUUGUAACCCUGAGUUGAGUAUUGAAGCUACAUCUACAUAUGAUGUUAACUUGAACCUUUUACCUGCAAUGUGUGCUGUAGAAACUAUGAAUGCAAUAUUUUUGUUCUAUCAUCCUUACAUAGAACAUAAUAUUAAUGAUUCUGUGACAUUUUCACCAGCCAUCCUUGAGAAAUGUUAUUCCAAACCUCUCUUCAUAGUGUAUCAGUUAUUGAAGGUUUUAAAGUCUUUACAUGAUCAUAGCUUAACUUUAGGUGAUAUCAGCUUGAGUGAUAUCCAUAUGACAGAAGACAUGUGGAUCCACAUAUUCCCUCAGAUCAAUUCCAAUAUCUAUAUUGAAGAGUCUGACUCAGAUACAGUUAAUUCCAGCAGACAAGAUUGCCGAAAAUCCGGUCACAUGUUCAACAACAAGCUAAACUGCGAGAUAUGUGGCAUGAGAACCUAUGACGCAGUCCAAGUUAGCAAUGAGAGUUUAGAACAAAUUUGCCAACUGUGGAUAGACGGCCAGAUAUCUAAUUUUACGUAUAUUUCUGCUUUAAAUAAAUUGUCGGGAAGAAAGCUUGGAGAUCCAAACUGCCAUUAUGUCUUUCCAUGGGUUACUGACUUUACAUCACGUUGUGGUAAAAACUGGAGAGAUUUGAAAAAAUCAAAAUAUCGCCUGAAUAAAGGAGAUCGUCAAUUAGACUUGACCUAUGAUAAUUCACAAACUCAAGUACCUCACCACAUAUCAGAUGUGCUAUCACCCAUUACAUACUAUGUAUAUAUGGCUAGAAGAACUCCAAGAUCUGUAUUAUGUAAGAAUGUACGAACAGUCUGGGUUCCAGCGGAAUAUCCAAGUUCUAUCCAAAGGAUGCAAGAAUGGUCUCCAGAUGAGUGCAUUCCAGAAUUUUAUAGUGAUCCUACAGUAUUUCACAGCAUUCAUGACGACUUGGAGGAUUUGGACGUACCUCCAUGGGCGCAAAGCCCUGAGGAUUUUGUUGACAGGCAUCGUGAGGCGCUUGAAAGCCCUUAUGUUUCAGAAAGGCUACAUUAUUGGAUUGAUCUCACCUUCGGAUAUAAGUUAACUGGGAAUCCAGCCGUUAAAGCAAAGAAUGUCUGUCUGCAGCUGGUAGACCAACACGAGAAUUUAACAAAGUCGGGCUUGGUGCAAUUAUUUUCCCAUCCACACCCGCCUAGAGCAACUAAUAACUUAUUUUUAACAAAAGUCGCGCCAAAGAUAUUCAUCAACAAAUCUAGCCGACAAAGGUCAAGGGAAAGAAGCCAUUCAACUUGCACGGCGGCAGAAACCAGCAAAAGCGACGAUGAAUCAGAAGAUUUUGCUACGAACAUAUCAAGAACAAUAGGCUUAUCAAAGCUUUUGUCACGAUCUAGGUCUUCUCUGCAUGAAGAGCAAACCAACAAAUCUAGCAGGAGCCCUAGUAACCAUCGCAGUGCCAGUUUAGGCCCUAAAAACCCUACUUUUACAUCUCAUGUUGCGAAACCUAAGUCAAGUCAAUCCAAUAGCAAUACUAUACGUUUACCUAAAGAGUACAAACCUGAGCAAGCCUUGGAUUUGUUAGAAAAACGUCAUGCUUUUAUUUCAAAAACUUUUCAUCCUGAGCAGUAUAAAAAAUAUUUGAGCGAGUCUGACGAAGUGAGUAUGAAAGAAAGUGACGAUUUGGUGGUGCAGAAUGCCUUCACAAAUUUCAUUUUUUCUGAGAAUUUCAGAGAAAGAUUUCGUAGUGUAAAACCUAGAGCGAUCAAAUCUCUGACGUUUCCAUUAGACAACCGUGAAGUUUUUGCUCACAGUUACAACUCUACGAAUCAAAAAACUGACAAUCACAUAAUUUGCAACUAUGCAAGCAUAAUUUCAACAAGAAGAGUGAGAGAAUUGCAGAUCCUAGGAUGCCUGAUUGUCGAAAUAUUCAUGUCUAAACAACUACGUGCUAUGGGUGCAAGCUACUCGAACUUGAGCUUUAACAGGAGAUUGAAAGCUUGCUUAGCAGUGAUAAGCAGUUGUAAGAAAGAUAUACCGUCCUGUAUUUCAUAUGUGGUGAACUUACUGCUGCAACCACAUCAGACUGAUUUAAAGAAUUUCACAUACCCUGCUGUCACCGAGUUUGGUUUACCGCCACCAAAUGCGCAUUUGCUUUUAGAACCUAUGUUGCACUGUGUGAUUCCAUUUUCGAAACAUUUUCCAACUUUAUACAAUAUACUGUUUUCACUGAAAGACUUUACAAAUGUUUCAUCUGAACUUGAUAUACUCUAUCACUUCGAAUGUAAUGGGGAGAUGUGCUCCGAGUAUGAAAGUGUCGAAAGAACCAAGAUUUUAUUUGAACAAAAUAUUGGCGAAUGCAAGGUGAAGCUGUGUGCCAAACAACUAGAAGAUUUACUGGAAGUGAUCAAUCCGAACACAGAUAGAGAAGUUAUAAACAUUCUGCUGCCUCAUAUCAAAGAUCUGCUUGAAGAUUCUCCUACGUCAGUUCUAGCAGCGUGGUACUUAUUUGAUCCCAUUUCGAGGAUGUUAGGUACCCAGAAAACUGAGCAAUAUUUAUUGGAUUCUGUGUUGAAGUUGUAUGAAAAUGAGCCAAAUGAGGCUCAUAUACCUUAUAACGGAAAAAUCGCAAAGUUGUAUCAUCAUAGUUUCCUACUUCGCUUGAUGGUGAGGUUUGGCUUGAAAUGCUUCUUGGAUAAUUUCGUGGUAUCGCUAGUAGAAGCAGUAGGGGGAUACAAGGAUUAUGAUAAAGUGGACUUUUUCUUACAUAACCAUUCUGAAAAAGUAUUGAAAAGAUCAUCGCAUCUCAAAACGAUGGAUAAUGAAAAUUUGGAAGCGUCUGUAAGUGAUGAUUCAAGCUGUAGCGAGAAACAGGCAAGUGUUGUGAUACCGUCCAAAGUUGCAAAACCUACAAUCGAGGAAGAAGUUUUUGAAUUUGAGGAAGACCGUGAGUCUGACGACCAAAUGAAAUCUCUAAUGGAACAUUUAGAACUAAACGUAGCUUCUGACUUACCUUUUAAUCAUUCCACAGCUGAAGAAGCACUGGAUGCCUCUUUGGCCGAAAACAUAGACCAGUUACGUAAUUUGGAAGAACUUAAUCUGGAUGAAAUCGGUGAUACGCAUACUGAUACUAUGUCACCCAUCAUUCCAAUACCUUCUAACCUUAGUAACAAUUUGAUAAAUAUCAGUUGUGAGGUAGGUAGUAAGAAAAGUGAAAACUCUUUCGUGGAGAACAAGUCGAAUAGUUCACAAGAAUUCAACAUGGAGUCUCCAAAUCUCAACAUGAAGAAAAAAAACUCAACAAAAAAACAAAAUACGAAUAUUUCCGAAAUGAGUGCUGACAGCUUGGUUUGGCUGUCACAUAGAUUAGGACCAGUGCUUACGGCAAAGUAUCUGACUAGAAAUCUCUUGAAGAUGUUGACUUUGUGUUAUGUUGGGAAGGAGAAUCUAGUAUCUGUUAUAAGAGAAGAAGAGAAAAUAGCGAAUGAUGUUUCAAUAGCUGCAGGUUACGUCACUGGUGAUCAAAAUGCUACGAAGGUGAUUGAGUGUCUUACUAGUAUUGCAGCACUGUAUGGGGAACAAAUAAUUGUAUACCAAUACAUUCCACACUUAAGUGAGCUUAUAUUGCUUUGUAAAAGGAAGUUGACUUUAAAUUUGGAAGGAGGACUUAUAUCAUGCCUAGAGCUUUUAAAGCACACCAUUCCAUAUCUUUCGGAUUCCACUUUAAUGGAUCAACUACAGGACGUACUGUUGAAAAAUAUAAUACACCCAGCAGUUAAACUGUUGGGUUCUACGAAAUAUACAUUCCCUAGUAGUUAUAUAGCCCGGGACAUUCUUGCCAGAAAGUAUUUGGACGCACUGUACGCCAUAGCUGUUAGGUUAGGGUGUGAUAUGACGAAAAAAUAUUUGGCGAUACCAGCUCUUCAGAGAUUCUUUCUAAUAUUUGACAAGAUCGAUGCCAGUGAAGAUUAUGCCUGUCAGAUGAAGACAAGAGAACAAAUGAAAGAAGGCCUUACAAGAUCGAUAGAAGAAUCAAGUUUCGUCGAAUACUGCAGAGACGGUACAACAACUGAAUGGGCUCUAACGGGUAGACCAGUCCAUAUCUCACACGUCCGUCUCAAAGACUCAGAAUCCGCUGACAGUUUAUCCCCACCUAUUCCCUCGCAUGUGGUCUCUUCAUUAGGUGAAAACAGUGUAGUAAAUCUCGCACUGGAAGAAUUGAAGGUGGUGUUUACCUCAGAAUUGGCGCAUGCGGCGUAUCUGCCGUUUCUGAGGCACAUGGGGCCUGCCGCUAUGGAGACUUGUCUUCACAACCAUGACAAUGUUAGGAAUCUGUGUCAGGAGUAUGAGCAGGAGAUGAAGAUGAACAAGCCUAACGUGGUGCCGAAGUAUACCCUGUCUGAUUUCAGUAGAAGUCAAGGAGUGUCAGCUUCAAGCAGUAUUGGAAGCAACAUAGCCUUGAUAGGUAACCGAAUUGAUGUCCAAACAGAAGAUACAGAUGGCACUAAUACUGACUUAUUGAAUGUAGUGAAAUACAGAAUGGAAAAUAAUGCUAGACAUCUUAGAGGGAACUGGUUAGCAUAUUGGGAACAUGAAAUCGGAAGAUCAGAAAAGGAUAAUAUGUUCAAUUUCAAGCAGAUAAAGUUGCAGACUUUUACGGGACAUACCCAUAGUGUGAAAUGCCUCUACGCCCUCGACAACGAGAACAGCUUCAUAUCGGGCAGCAGGGACAAAACUGUCAAACUAUGGUCACUCCGUAGCCAAGGUGACGGAUUUGCUACAAACACCUGUCAACUGACAUAUACCACUCACAGAAAAUCCGUGAUGUCUCUGACCUUCAUCGAGAGCAUGCGAUUAGUAGCAUCGUGUGACAGCAUUGUCCACAUCUGGGACCCUUUCAUGGGUGUCAAUUUGGCUGUCUUGGAAUCGCCGAGGUACUGUCCUGUAAACGUGGUACAGAGCAUGUCAUCUCCAUCCAGUUUGGUUUUUACCGCUACUACAGAGGGUAGUGUCAAAGUGAUUGAUAUCAGGCUGCUUAGUUAUAUUCAAGAGUUGAAGAUCAGUUUGAACCCAUCCGGCCUAAUCCGAUGCCUAGCCAUAGCGCCUUCAGGACGUUGGAUAGCAGCAGGUCAAUCUUCUGGCAACAUCACGGUCCUCGAUACCAGGACCGGGCUCAUUCUGUCAAACUGGCAUGCCCACGAGAGUGAAGUGUUGAAAUUGGUUGUGUAUGGUGAGGAUACACUCAUAUCGAGCAGUUUGGAUCAGAUGACCAGUGUUUGGAACAUUGCAGAUGGCAAGUUGAGGUUUCAUCUUAGGGGAGCCACAGAACCAGUUCAUUGCCUCAAUGUCUACAACGACGAGCUGAUUUCUGGCACAACUGCAAAUCGGAUAGGUGUCCACACGUCCAUAGACGCCGAUGCGUGUUUCUCCAGCACUAAGUUGAGUUCUGACGCGUUCAAAGGCCUGCUCACUUCCAUGGCGCUCUUGCCACUCAAUAGAUUGUUGUUAUUAGGAGCAGAUACUGGUACUAUUACGCUGUUAUGUUAGAGGCUCUCACGUUCUUACUUAUAUACUUGGUAUAUUUGUUUUCGAUCAUCACAGGUUAGGCUUGAGCAUUAGCAAAGUCGUUGCAAUGACAGGGACGAAUGUCACACGAUCAGUAUUUACUGUGAUCCGCACCCGUAUUUCGUAACUUGUAAAGUGACGUCAUAUAAAUUUUUAAGGACAUUAUGUAAGUUUUUCCGACAAAAAUUCAGCUUGGAACUAGCUGUCAUUCAUUUCAUGUUUACUAAUACCAGCUUGUCAUGUGGCCUAAAUUUUCCUCUUGAACUAAACACUUCUGUCUUUCUUUGCUCUUCUCUUUUUUUAUUCCCUUUCCCUUUUUCAUUGUCUGGUUUCUGGGCAAUCAGGACUGAGAAAUUCGACUAAGGCAAGGCGCGCACUGAGGUAGUGUGGUAGUGGUGAGGUAUUGGAGUGGUGAGAGGCAUAGGGAUGGUAAAAUUUGGCCUGGCGAUCGGAAUAGCGGCGAAGUGGUAUGAAAGUGAUAUAAAGCGCACUGAAGUGGCAAACAAGUCAGUUGAUGUCACCGGUUUACCAUGUCGUCCUCAGAAGAUGAAGAUGCCCUUUUAUUUAUGCAACUUGUUAAUCUAAAUGCUAUAAGUCAGGAGACGAAGAAAAAACGGCAUUGGGUUCAUCCGCUGUGGCAAAAAAUAAAAAGUUUGGAAUUUUUCAUGUUUAUAAAAAGGAUUUGAACUUGGACGACCAAAAAUUUAAACUUUUCUAUCGAAUGAAGAAAGAGACUUUUAGCAAGUUACUGACUAAACUACGGCCUAUGCUUCAAAAAAAGGAUACGAACUUCAGGAAAUGUGUUUCUCCCGAAGAAAGCGUUCUAAUAACACUGAGGUAUUUUGCAACCGGCUGCAAUCUAAAGGCACUAUCAUGUUAUUUUUUGAGAGGUCAUACUACCAUUAGAGAAAUAAUUGCAAGAACUUCAGUAGUAAUUUGGAAAGUUCUACAACCAACUUAUCUUCCUAAUCCUACCAAAGAAACAUGGGUACAAUCAGCUCGAAGAUACUGGGAGUUAUGGAAUUUACCAAAUUGUGUGGGGAGUAUAGACGGUAAACACAUCAGGAUCAAACGUCCACAAAAUCAGGUUCCGAAUUUAUUAAUUACAAAGGGUAUUUUUCCAUUGUUUUGAUGGCUGUAUCAGACGCAGAUGGCUGUUUCUUGACCAUUGAUGUUGGUGAGUACGGCCGAAAUAGUGACGGGAGGGCAUUAAAAGAAAGUAAUUUUGGAAAGAAAUUAGUUAACAGCACGUUAGACUUGCCAGACCCAUCUCCAUUACCAGGACAAGACACAAAUUUUUCAUUUUAUUUUGCUGCAGACGAAGCUUUUCCAUUGAUGUGUAAUAAUGAAACCCUACAAUAAAAGAGGCUUAACAAAUAGAAAAAGGGUAUUCAAUGGUAGGUUAUCAAGAGGUCGCAAAUCAGUUGAAUGCUCAUUUGGAAUGAUGUCAUCCAAGUUCAGAAUUUUACACACAACAAUUGGUCUUAAUAUAAAUACAGUGGACAAUAUUGUUAAAGCAGUGUGCUUACUGCAUAAUUUUAUUAAAAAAGAGGAAGGUAUAUUUUCGCGCCCGCGAGGAAAGAAAGGAAAUGAUGAUGACAUAGAAGUAGAAAAUGAGGAACAGCCUUAUCCGAGACUCUCAAAUCAAAGAAGAGCUACCAAUCCAGCAAUUGCUACACGGGAGAAACUUUGUGAUUUUUUUUUAACAGUGGACGGGUCACUUAAAGGUCAAAAACGAUUUUGUGUAUGAAAACAAGAAGAUAACAAUAUUAACAGAAUAAAAAGAUAACUAAAUAAUGCCUUUAAAUAAAAAAAUAUAUUUUUCAAGGAACCACAUUUUUUUAUUACUUACCUCCUUCCCCAAUGUCUUUUGCAAUUUUCGCCCAAGCCCGUUCUUGCACAUGGAUCAUAUGAUAAUCCUCCCGUGUAUUGUCAUACAGACAGGGAUAUGCCUCUACAAGGGCUACAAAAUUAAUGUUCAAUUCGUGGUCGUCUCGCAUGAUUCACUCCAGGAAAAAGUAAACAAAAACCCACGUCACCAACCGCUUGCCAGUCGAAAAUUAAACUUGCUCGAGAUUAGUGGCACCAGACUGACAUCACGCCACCUACAAAAUGCCACGCCACCGCUACUCCAUUUUGAUACGCGCGUCUUCAUUUGUUUAUAUAGGCUUUAGUGAUUCCACCUGCCACUUGAUCACCGCGCCACUACCACGUCACUUGCUCACCAUCUCAGUGCGCGCCUUGCCUUACGUUCAUUAGACAGUGACUAAUGGGCAAAGGUCCUACGGACCGCCCAGACAAACAAGUGACGAAAGUAUGUUGCCUAAACAUCAUGAGGAGCUGUAUGGUUUCACUCCGAUGUGAUGUAAUAUCUGCUUCAGAGAUGGCUCUAGUGGAGGCCAUUUAUAGCUCCCAUGGAUUAACUUGGGCGUUCUAUACUACAUAUUACAGAAGUGAGGGGUUGGCUUGCCAGCCCUAAUGUCCCUGCGACCCAAGUGGAUCUAUUGUGACACCCCUAUAUAAUUUCCAAAGCACUGUGCACUGUGGGCCUUCGUUCUUUGAUGAACUCUUUUGCCUGCCUUUGCCCCAAUCGGCUGUUCCAUAAUUCUAGAGACUUUUUUUGGUCCAAUUUCUUAUUUACUGUUGUACGUGUUCUCGUCACGCCUCAGAAAGGCCUAUGAGGCGAUUAGGCGCACCCUAUCGGGCAAGCUCAUCCGCCUUUUCAUUUCCUUUAUGCCCUUCGUGUCCUGCUACCCAAAGCAACGUUACCUUGUUUCGGUUUUCCAGCUCUUUGAGAGUGUUCACGCAAUCGCAUACUAGUCUGGACGAUAUUUACGAUGAACUUAAUGCCUUUAUGGCUGCCUGGCUGUCCGAGUAGAUGGCGAUCGACUGAUUUGCAGUCUCAUUUCUUAUUAGUCCUUUUGCACCAACGAAUUCGGACUAGGUUAGAAGAAGCCAAGCCAAUAUGUCGUUAAAGGAUUAUUUAUUAGCAACAACAGAUCAUUGUUUACACAAAAUUUGACCUUGAACGAAAAUUGUAUUCUCUUCCCCGAGUAGACAUUGUCGUGCGUAAUAUUUUUUUAAAGGUAAAAAUAAGAUACGGAUUCAUAAUGUCGAGGGGAAAACAAUGUUCAAAAUAUGAAAGAAGCUACCUUUAAAUGUAGGUUAUUUGUAGAAUUGUGAAGCAACUGAAAAUACAUUCAGAAAAGAGGUUUUAUAAUUAGGCAAUAAAAUAUGAAGAAUCUAAUCUUAACUAAGAAAUAUGAUCGAAAUAAGCUCAAUUCACGUAUAUUGCUUUUUAUUAAUUUGCCUAAUCACCUGGAUGGGUAAAUCUUGUGAAUGCUGACAAUGUUUCAUUGUGAUUGUAAGCAAUAAAUUAGCCUCUUCUACAGAAAUGAUGUUAGGUUUGAGUUCCAAUGCUGUGUUGAUUGCUAGACACAGUUGGGUACAGCUUAAAUCGAGUUCAGCAUUGUAGUGAUCAUUAAAAUUGAUUGAAAUCGACCAUAUUAAAGCAAUACACAAUGGAUUUUUUUGCUUGCACAUUAGGUUGUAUUUGAUAAUUUUAUUUUUUGCAUGGAACUUGAAUCUGCUCUGAAAAUAUAUUAGCAUCAUGGGCACUGUAACAAUCUAACCCAUUUAAUAUAAACAUAAGGAUACAUUAAUUAAUAGAACACCCAAAACCCAAAGGAAAACAAAAAUAAAGACAAUAAAAAACAUUUAUUGAUAGUACAAUGCUAAGUCUAUACAUAGUAUGUAUAUGCAAGUAUGUGGAUAAAACAUUACCAAAGCACAAUAAAAAAAAUAAAAAAGAUUGCAUUGAUUUAUUAGUUCACUGAUAUUGGAAUAGCAAACUUUUUGUCAACUUUGAUCUGAUCCUUUGAUUUGAGUCCUUCAAACUAUUUAGUUCGUGGUAGAUUCUUAUACUAUAAUAUUUUUGGAGGAUCAAUUUUAUAGUGUCAAAAACAUGAUUUGUAUCAUAAAUAUGCGAACCAAAUGAAUCUAAGGAAGAGAAUGGUAUAUUUUGCAGUGACUUUUGCGUUAAUGUGGGAACAAUGUUUUUCUUAAAUAUACUCCCACAUGCCUUAACUACUCUGAUACUUUUCCCCUACUUUACAUAUGUCUAUUAAGAAUUUAGAUGCAUUGGUCAAUGUUCCAAAAGUUUUUUUAAUUUGCAACUGUGACAGAGGUUCUUCGCUUUCUAACAAAUUGAGACACGAGUCACACGUAAUGCAUUUCUUCAAGCAUUUAACUACAAAGCCUGCAAUGUAUGCAAUAACAUCUUCACAAUAUGUAGUCAAAUGCCACACUGGAGAGCCUGGAAAGUCCAUUUCAUUAAUUUUCCUGGAAACAUCUUUAUAUUCCUGAAUAUCCAAUAAGUUUUCACCAUUUUCACUUUUAGUCAAUGUAGAGCAAUGUAAUAUGCUUGUACAGUCUAAAGCGACUGCAUUAGCAUUUUCGCUACUUUUUAAAUGCGAGUGAAUGAGUAGUCUUUUAUAAAUGUGUUCAAACUGAAGUGCAGUUGGAUUAUUAUUACUUCCUCCUCUGUUUCUAAUUGCACUAAAUAAGAUUUCAAGAUGAUCGUGUGAAAAUUUAUAUGUUAGAAGCAAAUUUAAAAUGUUUGUUUCUAUGUAUUCCUGAUAUAUAUUUUGAAUGCUAGUGAUGGUAACCAUAAAGCCAAGGAAUCCAGUUUUCCUUCUUGUAUUCAAUACUUGCAUUCCAUUCAAAUUUAUACCUUCCAUAUACAUUUUACAAUAAUCUAAAUAUGUGAAAAUGAAAUGUUUUGGUUUUGGACUGAGAGCUCUUUUAUAAAUAUAUUUUGAGUGUAUUGUAUGGACGGUGAAAAUAUCAAAUAGGUUAUUAAAUAUUUCUGUAAAAACUGCUGUGGAUUCAACAUUUUCAAAUUGUUGUAAAUGUAUAUCAUCUCGUAAAUAACGAAAAGCAUCUGCUGUGCUUUUGCUGAAUGUCUGGGAUGCCAAUUUUACUUUCAUUUUCUCACGGAACCAUUCAGUAUGCCUUUUUCUGAUUUUAGUUCCUGCUUUAAGACCUUCUUCUGAUUCAAAAUCAACUAAAUUUUUGAAAUAGCUCCAUAAAAUUUGCUUCCCAUCUCUAUCUGUUAAAAUUUGCGGACUAGCCAAACAAUUUCUAACUAGUUUCAACAUAUGAGGAAUAUCACAAAAAAAUUUGAAUUUUUUUAUUAUUAAUUGGGUGUAAAAAAUAUGAUUUUAAAUUUGAGAUAUUGCUGAAAUCAGCACCCAAAGUUGUUGCCAUACUAAUGUUUGAUGAAAUUCCAUCAAAAGUUAGUGACAUUAUUACAAUUCCUGUGCAAUCAAGAAAUUCUAACAAUUUUAGGACUAUAUUGGCUUUCUCAUUCCCAUUAAGUCCAUCAAUGAAAAAAUAUCCAACAGGAAUUUUCCAGUGUCCGUUUACAGCAACUACCAUAAACACUAUUGCUUCCUUUGCCUCAGGCACCUCAUCUGAAUCCAAAUUUGUGCCAAUAUAUACACGUACAUAGCCUGUGAACUUCUUUCCUGUCCACUGUACCUGCCUCAUUAUUGCCAUUUCAUCCAUAAGUUGCAAAAAGUUUUUUUGCCAUUCUUGCCAUUCUCAGCUACCUUCAUUUUGAUGGCAUUCAAAGAUUCUUUGGUGAACCCUGUACCUCCAUCAACAGAUCUAAACCACUUGGUGAUAGUAUUUAUGUGUGGCAAACUUUUAUUAAAAGUGUUGCGGACGUAAUUGUAUGCUCUACUAGAAUAAAAACUAAGUGUUAUUGCAAAUGAUCUGAGUUGUGGAGAAAACUUUCUUGUUGAACUGCCUUUUAGCAUUCUGGUGAAUAGAUCUGCUGCAAGUGAGUCAGGGAGUGAUGCCUGAAGAUAAAAUUCAGUUUCAUUAAACUAAGAAUAUUUUUUUUUUAUACCCUUUAUAACACUCGCAGCACUUUCUGUUACACCAUAUUUGUCCUGCAAAUAUAUUACUAGAGAAUUCAAAUUAUGAAUUCUCGCCUUCAAACUCCUUUUAGCAGAUUGCAAGUUUAUUAUUUUCUUUUUCUGUGAGGCAAUUGUUUUCUUCGCUAUCUCCCCUCUUUAGAAUUCUGAAAAUACCUGCUUUCAACUCUCUUGGCAAAUUUGUUUUUUGGGAUCUUUCACGCAGAAGUGGUUCAUACAGUUGUUUGGACAAUAAUUUUAAAAAAUCCAUUCUUUGUAGCCUAUUUGCGUUGACACAAGACUGAUGGAUGAUGAAUGCAUUUAUUGAAGACAUAUCCACAAUUCUGUAAAACAGAGCCAUAGGCCAGCGUUGCGUUCUUCUGCUACAGCAAUAUUUACUACAUUUUUCGUCUACAGCAUCCACUCCAGAUUUUGUGUUAUUAUAAAAGGCAUUAAUUUCUGGCAAACCGCUGUCUUCCGGCUUGGAGCGAUGCAUCGAAUAAAUCAUUAUUACAGCUUUAUUUUUCUUUGGUACUGUGGAAAUCAAUGUUUUGUUACUUGUAAAGCCAUAUAGUGUGGAUUUCACCGGUCUUGUUUUAGAAGGUAGAAACUCUAUGGGUAUUUCACGUUUGUUUUUUUUCAUAGUACCCACGUAGGUAAGUUUGUUUUUGAUGAGAUGAUUGAGGAAUACCAGUUAUCACCAGUAAUAUUUCUGUUGCUUCCAAAUAUGGGCUUACAAAGACGAACAACAGCUUGCGUUGGAAUAGAAAAGCGUUUUUCUUCUUCUGUAAUAUCCUCUAGCGAAUCGGUGCCCUUGCCACAAUAAAUAUAUGUAUUUUAUAUGUAGUGGGUCUGAGCAUCAACAAGGCAUUGCACUUUCAAGCCAUAUUUUACAGGUUUGCUUGGUAAAUACAUUUUGAAUUUACACCUGUCUCUAAAACUGACCAACAUCUCGUCAAUAGUUGCAUUCGCUCCCAAACAGUAAGCUGAUUGCGAAUUUUGAUUGAAUUUUUUAUAUAUAUAUGUGAGAUUGCUGCAGCCGGGUCAGUUUUUAUUCUUAGUACUCUCUCUUCAUAAGAAUCGAAUCUUAGGCAAGCUAAUAAUACGGCGAAUCUUUUUGCUGACAUUACCAAUCGGAAGAUUUCUCUACCAGUUCCGUCGGUUGCAAAGAUUGAUUCAAUAGCCUCAUUAUUUGACUUGAAAACAGCAUUCAACAGCAAGAGUCCCAGAAAACCAUUAAUUUCAACAGAUUUUGUUUCCCUGUAUUCCGUACGAUUUUCAUUCCCUGGCUUCGAAUGAAAUUCCUGGAUUUUCAAAUUUGUGUAAUGUACAACGAUUUCUAGAAUAUCGUCAGAGAAAAUUUUCCGCCAUGCGUCCACCGGUUCAAUGUUUGGCAAAGCAUUUUUGUUUCCAUUUGUAAGUAUCUGUUUUUUCCGUAGAAAUAUCUGUUUACUGGUUCACUUGUUUCACUGUCCUCUUCACUUUCAAUAACCUGCAUCUCCUCUCGGCCAUCAUUAUCAGAAGCACUGUAAGAAAGCUCACUCGUUCUUUCGUGAUCACUUGUGAUGGCAUUCUUAGAAGUAAUAUUGCUCUUAGGAUCUGCAUCUUGAUCUGAAAAGUCUUCGUCACAUUCUUCAAACCAUCUUUGUACAGUUUCUUCAAAAUUAGGAUCCGUGAACCUAACUCUGUUUGGAUUCCCGUUCAUAGUUGCAAAAGUGAAAAUAUAAUACUAACUGCGUCGCGGAGUCCCACGGACUCCCAAGUUCUUUGUUACGCGCACUUGCCUGGAUGAUAGACUGAAGUCAACUGAACACACGCAGGGAUGUUCCGACAUGCACACUUGUGCAUAUUAUACACAAUUUUACGAACAUAUGCACAAAUGCACCCCCCACACAAAAUAUGCACAGUCGUCAAUAAAUAAAGUGCAUUUUUUAUACAAAACUGGCAAUACAUUUUCUUAACAGCUUCACGAACUGAGUGAAAUAUACUGUUAGGCUGACUUGUUUUACCAUAAAGUGGAGCACCUUAUUAGUUAUACUCAUUACGGUUGUUGGGGAC